GUUACCAUAUCUUGCUUAAGUCAUAAAGGCAUGUUCAAAAAAUUGUCACAUUUUAUUUAGAUUUAGGCAUUAUAAAUCCGCUUAAGUCACACACUUGACAUAGGACAUUAUCUUAAAGGGGUAAAAUCACAUGAUCUGAUCAACUGAGGAUGGAGGCGAUUUUAAAACAAAACAAUUUUGACAAAAAAAUGACUUAUUUAACAUAUUUUUAACAGUGUCGCGAUAUGUUUGUUUUUCUUCUUUUUUUUGCAACCCUCUGGAACGCAGCCGCUGCUGAACGCGCCCUGUGGGUAAAGACGUGCUGACGUCAGACGUGUGAACAACAAACAGUUGUUGGACUUCAACAAGCUAGCGAAUGGUAGCGCUGGACUAGAACAGGUCCACCGUCCUUCUCCCGGGCAGAGGGACACCUGAGACACCUGAGCGGUCGGAAACACAUUGAGAAUCUCAUAAUAAUCUGCACUAUUAGUGCCGUCAGGCUGCAGCUUCGGCUCGGGUUGCCAGGCGCUAACGUUAGCCACCGAAACAUGCUCGUUGCUCGGAGUGUGACGCCUGUUUUUUCUGUGGCUGCCGCUGGUGGAGGGCUGUGAGCCGACAGAGGGUGAGACAGGAGCUGGGACAUAUUUUUCUGGACACAGAAGAAUGGACUUUGUCGGUGUGAGACAGACGGGCUCACGUACAGCAGCGGGCAUGCGACCGUACACGGGCCUGGACGGGAAACAACUUUAGCAAGCUAGCUAGCAUUAGCUCGCUCAAAUUCAUGCAAAUGAAUCGGUUUAGUGUCUCACUGUGCUAGUAAUGGAGGCUCCCUGAGUGACUGGUUCGUUUCUACUGACUGUCCUGGUCCUCUUAAAUACUGCAGGCAGUGUGCUGACCACUUGCAGCUACAGGACACGGUUGGCAGAAAUUAUUAUUAAGUGGUGGUUUGCCUGCCUGGGUGAUAGUUAAGCAGAUUUGCCUGGUUUGGCAUAUAAACACUUAUUGAAACGGUGUUUCACAUAUUCCUUAUAUUGAUAUUUGUGUGAAAUUGCACUUUAAUUAGCUAUUUUCUGUAGGGAUGCACCAAAGGCACCUGUGUUUGUGAUCAUUUAAAUCAUCCCAAGUACAACAAACUAAUUAUAUAGAAUAUAGCUAUACAUUUCUGAUUGCACUUGAAUAUAAUUUGGUCAAUAAAGGACCAGGAUAGGAGCACAUUUGCGUAUAUUGUUGUGAGACAAAGGCCAGAGACGGGCUUAUCCUUGUCAGUUGGUUCCUAGUUACUGUUUAACCCAAUAUCUAGGCUGUCUGGCACAGUUAAAGACUGAGUUUUACUGGAGAUGAAAUCAUGAAUAUCGAAGAGCAGUGUCUAGAUUUGUGCAAUGUUAAGACUAAAAGCAACGUGGAUGAUGAUCACAACACUACCAACAACACAGACGGGGUCAUCCCCCGGAUCUCUGAACUGAUGACGGACAGCAACACGGAAAAACAAAACAUUGUUCCCACAGAGGCCUCGGAAACGUACUUGAUGCCUCAGCUCACUGACAACCUUCAGGCAGCUGAGGAGGACAACCAGCAGGCACAAGACACACUGGAAAUUGAUGAGGUCAAUGGAAACAGAAAGAGCAGUGCUCAAGACAUCCCUGCGCUGGUGAAUCCCACUGACUUGAUCUUUUCUAAUGAUGAGCAGCACAAGGAUGAUAUUGGAGUGGAGAAAAUGAAGGAAGAUAAUAAGCACACUGAUCCAGCAGGGGAUGAUGGCGGGGACAUGGACAUAGGUGUGGAUCUGAGUCUUGAUGAGAGUGGGGUGUUGGAGGCUGAAUCAACAAAUAUCAGAUCAUUCUCAGACAAUACUUUAGACUCAGAGUCCACGUCGCAGGAUCCCCCGGCUGGCAGCGCGGCAGAGAGCCCAUCAGAUGCGAGCCAGACAGGCAGCACAGAUGCUGGUGCCACGGACCCGGCUGGACUGUACCCUUCAGUGGAGGAGGGGGAUGAUAAACACAAACCCAGUGGCAAAAGAGUGACGUUUCCCUCAGAUGAGGAUAUAAUCUCUGGAGCUGUGGAGCCCAAGGACCCCUGGAGACAUGCUCAGAAUGUGACGGUGGAGGAGAUCCUAUCUUCCUACAAACAAGCCUGUCAGAAACUCAACUGUAAACCCAUUGCCAAAGUGCUCAAACAGAUACAGGAACUGAAAGACCUGACUCAGCGAAACGAAUGCUUAGAUCUGAAAGGUGAGAAGCUGGACUACAAAGCAUGUGAGUCUCUGGAAGAGAUCUUGAAGAGGGUCCAGUUUAAAGUGAUAGACCUGGAGCAGACCAACCUGGAUGAAGAUGGCGCCUCGGCUCUGUUUGACAUGAUCGAGUACUACGAGUCGGCCACGCAUCUCAACAUCUCCUUCAACAAGCACAUUGGCACACGGGGAUGGCAGGCUGCAGCUCACAUGAUGAGGAAGACGAGCUCUCUGCAGUAUCUGGAUGCUCGUAACACUCCUCUGCUGGACCACUCGGCUCCCUUCGUAGCACGAGCACUCAGGAUCAGCGGCAGCCUGGCGGUGCUCCACCUGGAGAACGCUGGUCUGUCUGGCAGACCGCUCAUGUUGCUGGCUACGGCUCUGAAGAUGAACAUGAACCUGCGGGAGUUGUACUUGGCAGACAACAAGCUCAACGGCCUGCAGGACUCAGCCCAGCUCGGCAACUUGCUCAAGUUCAACUACAACAUUCAGAUCCUGGACCUCCGCAACAACCACAUCCUAGACUCUGGCCUGGCCUACGUGUGUGAAGGACUAAAAGAGCAGAGGAAAGGCCUCGUCACUUUGGUGCUAUGGAACAACCAGCUCACACACAAUGGCAUGGGCUACCUCGCUGCUGCACUGCCAUGCACCCAGAGUCUGGAGACCCUGAACCUGGGCCAUAACUCUGUGGGUAACGAAGGGGUCCACAAGCUGAAAGACGGACUGAUUGCCAACCGGUCUGUGCUCAGACUGGGCCUCGCCUCCACCAAACUGUCCUGCGAAGGAGCUGUGGCUGUGGCUGAAUUCAUCGCAGAGAGCCCCAGACUGCUGCGUCUGGACCUUCGAGAGAACGAGAUAAAGACGGGAGGACUGAUGGCGCUGUCGCUCGCCCUAAAAGUCAACACCUCCCUGCUGCGUCUCGACCUCGACCGGGAGCCCAAGAAAGAAACUGUAAAGAGCUUCAUUGAGACUCAGCGUGCCCUGCUGGCCGAGAUCCAGAACGGCUGCAAGAGGAACUUUAUCCUGGCGAAGGAGAAGGAGGAAACAGAGCAGAAGAUGAGGCAGUCGGCAUCCAUGGCUGAAAUCGCCACAGAGGACGGGACCAGAGAAGAAGCAGAGGACACGGUGGACAAAAAGGGUAAAGAGGAAGAAGAAAAAGUGGAAACAACAGGAAAUGAAGGACAGAGCAGCAGCCAGGAGGCAGCAGAGAGCACUGAGACCAGUAUUCCUCAGAUGAUCCUGGAGUCUGACUCGGACACUGAGGAUGAGGAGGAAGAGGUGGUAACAAACUCCACUUCCACGUCAAACUCUUCCACUCUUCACCAGACUGCUCCUCAAAGCCAGACGGGGGUAGCCCCGCCCCUCCUCAGUGCCUCAUGUACCUCCUCCCCCCCGGCCGCCUCACCUGCCGGCGGGCCGGGUGUCAUCUCCGGCAUCACCGUCACAGAAUCCCCGGCUCCUCCCGGGACCCCUCCUUCUCCUGGGCGCUGUAUAUCUGUCUCCAGUCCGGGGAGGGGUCACAAGAUCUUCAUGGUGACCCGAGUGGAGAGCCCUCCUGAGCAGCAGCAGCUAAAACUCCAGAUGAGUGCGCCGGCCGCUAAAGAGGCCUCGAAGAAGCCACAAGUAGACAAGAACACCACCAAGCAGACACAGCCGCCUCCCACAUCCCAAACACCUUCACUAACACAGCAGGAGGAGGUGAAGGAGAGCCCAACAGACUGUCAACUCACAGAGCAGAGUCCUGUAGCACACUCACAGUCCCAGCUAAAUGCUACGCUAGAGCCACAGGCUACAGGUCAACCCACAGACCACGAGACAGCUCGCACCUUAGCUCCCCAAGUGGCAGAUUCCAGUCAACAAGCACCAGCCCUGCCUUCAGAUUCUUCGUCAGCGCCGGCUGCAGCACUUCAGCUCACUGAGGAGGUAACAGAGAGCUCUAAAAGCCCCCAACAUGAGCCCACCUUUGUAGUAGGAGAGGAGGAAGGAGGUCAUAUAGAAGAGGAGGAGCAUGUGAGCAAAGAAAGAGAGUGUAAACUGUUAGAUGGACUGAGUCAAACCCCUGCAGUGGAACAGCUACAGGAUGAGCUAGCAUCUGCAUCAGAAGAGAGCCAGUUGCCGAACCAGACGGAGGAACAACAAGAGGAGGUGCUACAGGAGGAGCAGGAGGCGCCGGCCGAUGUGUCAGAGAAUGAAAAACCCAGUUUAACAGAGCAAGAGGACAGCCAGCCGACCCAAGAGGAACCGUGUCCACAGCAGCCAGCAGCAGAGCCUGUUGUCUCUCUGCUGACUGAUCACCAGGAGCCGUCUGUCACUCAGAGCGGAGCUCAGGAGUUAAAUCCUCCAACAGGAGAAACCGCAAAGGGUCCCGAACCUGCCACGGCUGAGUCCGUCUCCCCAGUCAAAGGCGAGGAUUCACCCGCUGAGAGCUCUGCCGAUGAGGACGAGUGUUUUGCAGAAGCUCCGGAGGAGGUGGUGGGCUCGGCGCUGCCCAACGGCCUGAAGCCCGAGUUCUCCCUCCACCUCCUGGACGCUGAGAGCCCCAAGCCUGGCAGCUGUGUGAUGGAGCACGUGAGUGUCAGCUGUGGACAAGACCUGGAGGAGCUGCUGCUAGAGGCCAGUCUGGAGACGGGGAGAGACGCGCCAUGAGGCUGCCAGGGACGGUGAGGACGGGAGAAAACGGCACUCAGAUGGUCUGGCUCUACUACAUGACUGGUCGCCCUACAAAGUUUUUGUCAUUUCUUUGACUUUACCACCAACACAACCGUUCAUAAAGGACAGACGACCCGGUGUUACAGCCGAAGCUCUACACAUGAACAACAAUACAAAGUGAAUCAUGGAAAGACGCUUAAAGGACGAAAAUGGAGCUUUGCUGUGACAAAUAAGGAAGCCUCGACAUCCACACUACAUCAACCACUGAAACACAGAUACAUAUGCACAUUAUGAGGGGGAGGGGAGAGAAAUAAAAUCAUGCUGUUAUCACUACAUGUUUUCAAUCUGCAGUCUUUACACACAAGCAGCCGCCUGUGAGUGAGAAAGAGGAUGCAGUCUUUACACACAAGCAGCCGCCUGUGAGUGAGAAAGAGGAGCGCUGGGGGAUGAAACACUAACCAAAGACGGGACGCAGGACUUUCCUCACAGCCCUCUUGUUGUUGCUGUUGUGUGUAGAUUUCCACUGUAUUUGCAGAAAUAACUAGUUGUUUUUUUUUCAUAUCACACAUACACAAAGACAUAACGGUGAUAAUGAGAAAAGCGGGGUUAAAGGCGUGGUCACAAGACAAAAAAAAGGGUGGCGGACCCGACUGGGCGGACCUGCUGGCUUUAAACGGAGGUGGAAGUAGGUCGCUGUCAAAGGCUUUUAUAUCCAGGAAGAGGAAGAUGUUAACGUGUCUGUUUAAAUGUCAAUGUUUUAUGUCCCUAUGUGUCCCUGCUCCCAACCGUUUCUCCCCCUUCAGGAAAAAAAAAAAAAAAGAAACUCUUAAGGGACCUCUGCCAAAGUGACCUCCCUCUUCGUCUGUUUUCUCAUCCUCUUCUCACUUUGGCCCCUCAGGAAUCAGCGUCCCCCUCCGGUCUGAUCCUGGUGGAGGAGCUGCAACUGUUUCUCCGCCUGCCUCUGUUCAACAGAAACAAAAACAAACAACGCUUUUUGAAAGUCGGUAAUUUUUUGCUGAAAAACCCAAAACUUCUGCGAAUGUCGGAAAGCAAGAUGUCUGCUUUUGGUUGAGUUAUUUACAUCUUUUUUUUUUUUUUUCUUUUUCUUGAUUCUCUGCAACUUUCAGACGCUUAUUAUCGCUUCGUUGUGUCAAACUCUUUGAAGAAAAGCAGCUCUGUCUCUGUGGUCUCACCGCUCCAGCUCUUCGUUCAUGUUGCCUUCAAAACUCACAACUUCACAUUCUGUCUUUGUUUUUUUUGUUUGGGGGCUGCUUUGAAAAAUCAGUUAUUUUCUAUUUAUUUUAUAGCUAUAUGAGCCUUUUUUUCUGAUUUAUUUCUUCAUCCUCAUUUUAUCUUUUAUUUUCCAUUUUGGGGGUUGCUUUUAAAGAUGAACCCCAUUUUUUGAUGUAUAUUUCAGAUUCAAAAUUAGAGCAAAUAUUUAGAUUUAUUUUGUUUUUUGGGGAGGGGGGGUAAUCUGUGCUGGAAGGAAAGGUAACUAUGGUUGACUAUGGCAGCAGUCAGGGUGCAGGAAUGAAAAUCAAACACUUGGAAGCAGCAGUCCUUGUUGUUUAAAGCUGCUCUGCUGGGUGAAGCUGUGGCCACACGGGGGCGCUGCUGCUUGUGUUGUUCUCCCACAGAAGGAAAAGAUCCCACAACCUUUACAACACACUGCAGCCGCUGAUGUCUCUGCUCUAAUCCAACUCCUGUCCGGAAUUUUCCAGAGCAAGGCAGUAAAACUUUACAUGAGAUGUCAGCUUCAUGUACGUUUGUGACGAGAGCCGUUCUGAUUAUUUCCUGAAGCAGAAGCAGGCAGAAGUGUUGUUUGUUUUUUCUUUUCUUCUUUAAAGGAGCAGCAUUAAAAACCAUCCUGCUCCUCCACCCAACAGAUAGUUUGCCCCCACUGUUUGUUAUGCUUUAAUUUUUAGAAAUUUUUAAUAAUAAUUUGUUAACUUAAUUGAAAUGUGCUGGUAAUCACAAAGAUAUGUAUGGCGAAAUUUGUUCCUCUCAAAUAAAUGCAUGUAAUGACUAAA